GGGAAGUCAUCAAAAUGAAGUUUUAGACCUAAAAAAAAAAAAGAAAAAAAAGUGAAACAAAAUGGAAGAGGUGAAGCUUUUCAGGACAUGGUCAAGUCCUUUUGGGUUGAGGAUUGUUUGGGCAUUGAAACUGAAAGGUGUCGAGUACGAGACCAUAUAUGAGGAUCUUACAAACAAGAGUUCGUUGCUACUCGAAUGCAACCCGGUUCACAAGAAAGUACCAGUGUUGUUGCACAAUGGAAGUCGCAUAUGUGAAUCACUUGUAAUUCUUGAGUACAUUGAUGAGACAUGGAGCACAACUAAUCGCAUUUUACCUGAGGAUCCGCUUGCUAGAGCGACUAGUCGUUUCUGGGCGAAGUUUAAUGAUGAGCAGGUUUUCCCAUCGUUCUUCCGUUAUCAUAUGAGCCAAGGAAGAGAUCAAGAAGAAGCCAAAGAAAAAUUCUUGGAGAGCCUGAAACUGGUAGAAGGAUACCUAAAGGGAAAGAAAUUUUUGAACGGAGAAACAUGUGGCUUCCUAGAUCUUGUUUUUGGGUGGAUGGCUCAUUAUCCUGUUGCUAUGAAAAAGGCAAGCAAUCUAAAUCUGUUGAAUGAAGAGGCAUGGCCAUAUCUAAGUACAUGGAUGAAGCAAUUUCGUGACAUUCCCGUGAUCAAAGAAAACUGGCCUGAUGAAGAGGCAUUAGUCCUCAAGUUUCAGAAAAUGCGUGAAGCCCGUGGGAUAUCCAUUCCAACAGAAAAGUGAAAUCUGAAACCUUGUAGGAAUCAUGAGAUGAUGUAGGUGAAAUUAUUAUAAUAAUUCUAAAUUUACAUUUCAGUCUGUACGUGUGAGUGUUAAAAGCAAAUUUAUAACAUCUUUCUUCCAAAUUGUAUGAGAUACAUAGAAGAGUUUGGGAAUGUUUAGGCUGGGUAGUUUAAUCCAAAAGCAAUAAUUUUCA